AACAGUUUUCAAAGAUCAUAAUACCGGCUUUGUUUACAAUUCAUAAACCAGAUUAUUGGCGCAGAUAAGAAUCUGGGGUAUAUAUUUACAGCAAAAACAUUGCGUAGCACAAAAGCGUUAGUAAAACCAAGGAGAGACAAUGCUAAAAUUCAGUUUAAUUGUUGCAGUUUGCGAAAAUUUUGGAAUUGGUAUUAAAGGGGAUUUGCCAUGGCUCUUAAAAUCGGAACUUAAAUACUUCAGCAGCACAACCAAACGUCUAAAAGAUCCAUCGAAACGUAAUGUUGUCAUUAUGGGCCGUAAGACCUAUUUUGGUGUUCCCGAAUCGAAAAGGCCUUUGCCGCAACGUUUGAAUAUUGUAUUGAGCACCACCUUGAAGGCAUCAGAUUUGCCCAAGGAUGUAUUGCUACAUCCCAAUUUGGAAUCGGCCAUGGAGUUUCUGGAAAACGACGAGGAAAUGAAAAAACAAAUCGAAACCGUCUGGAUUGUUGGUGGAAGUGGGGUUUACAAGGAAGCCAUGGCAUCUCCUCGAUGUCACCGUUUGUACUUGACAAAGAUUCAUGCACAAUUCGAAUGUGAUACUUUCUUCCCCUCAAUACCGGAGGAUUUCAGAGAAGUUGAAUUAGAUCCCGAAACACCUAAGGGCAUACAGGAGGAAAAUAACAUAACAUAUGAGUAUAAAAUCUUGGAGAAACUGGAACAAAAAGAAAAUUAAAAAAGCCGCAUUCAUUUAUUCGUAAUAUCUUCUUUUGUUAUGACAUCGCCAUCGAGGCCCUUGGCAGCUAACAUCAACUCAUAGAGUUGUACUGCUUGGUCAUCCUUCAACAUUUCCACAGUUCUCUCAUCUAUGUCUUCGCCUAGUGUACCCGUAGGCUUUCCUCUAAUACCCAAUUGUUUUGUGAUUGUAACAGCGUAUUUCUGAAAUGCAAAUAAACAUCAUUUAAUGGGCACUCUUGUUGCUCCUUGGGAA